UCCUCUGCAAGGCUUACAACGCCCUCAGCCUUGUUUCUCCUCUGCAAUUGGAUAAAAGAUGUCCCUAACAAGGACCAAAAGGGACAAUCUCCCAGGCUGCAGCAGGCUCCUGCGCUCUCGUUUCUGCGAAUGGCAGGUUUCUGUGAAAGUGUGCCACAGUACCAGCCUGCUGGCCACUGGGAUGAAGUGGGAGCUGGAUCUUCUGCCUCCUGCACAGGAUGCCAAGCACAAGAAGCACUGCUGCAGCAUGAAAACCCUCAGGUUGAAGGAUGCGGGUUUUACAGGCUCUGGAGAACAGCCACUCUGGAAAACCCAGACAGCACGGUGCCUGGACAGAGCUCCAACCUGCCCUGCGAGCAAGGAUGCUGAGAGGAUCAAGGAGAGCACUUUUGCAUCAGACGCGCCGGACUUGCCCGAAGGGCACCGUGGUCCCCUCCCCAGCGCUCGGGCUGGCUCGCAGGUGCCGCCCCAAGCCGAGGCGCUCGGAGAGCAGCGUUCGCUGCGCAGGGCAGACGGAGGGAUGAGGCUGCCCCGUGCCCUUCUCCCCCCUAGAGACGGGAGCCGGAGGAGGCCUUUGCCCUUCCUCGAGAUCUCACACGCGCUGAGCAGCCAUGGAGAGGAUGCAGCAGGUCGUGGGGCGGGCGAGAGCUGCUUUCAACUCGGGCCGGUGCCGCCCGCUGGAGUUCAGGAUCCAGCAGCUGAAGGCUCUGGAGCGGAUGGUGAAGGAGAAGGAGAAGGACAUCCUGGCGGCCAUCAAGGCAGAUCUGCACAAGUGUGGGCACAAUGCAUACAGCCACGAGAUCAUGGGCGUGCUGGGAGAGCUGGCCCUGACCAUGGAAAAGCUGUCAUCCUGGGCAGCCCCUCAGCCUGUGAAGAAGAACCUGCUGACGAUGCGGGAUGAGGCCUUCAUCCACUACGAUCCACUGGGAGUGGUGCUGAUCAUCGGGGCCUGGAACUACCCUUUUGUCCUGGUCAUGCAGCCUUUGGUUGGGGCCAUCGCAGCAGGCAAUGCUGUGGUGGUGAAGCCAUCGGAGGUCAGUGAGAACACAGCUCAGCUGGUGGCUGAUCUCCUCCCCCAGUACCUUGACCAGGAGCUGUACCCUGUGGUCACUGGAGGAGUGCCUGAGACGACAGAGCUGCUGAAACAGAGAUUUGAUCACAUCCUCUACACUGGCAACUCCACAGUGGGCAAAAUCGUGAUGGCAGCAGCAGCCAAGCACCUGACGCCUGUCACCCUGGAGCUGGGUGGGAAGAGUCCCUGCUACAUCGACAAGGACUGCGACCUGGCUGUCGCCUGCAGGAGGAUAACGUGGGGCAAGUACAUGAACUGUGGGCAAACCUGCAUCGCCCCUGACUACAUCCUCUGUGACCCGUCCAUUCAGAGCAAGGUGGUGGAGAACAUCAAGGCCACUCUGCAGGAGUUCUAUGGGGCAGAUGUGAAGUCCUCUCCUGAUUACGAAAGGAUCAUCAACAAGCGCCACUUCAAGAGGAUCCUGAGCUUGCUGGAAGGGCAGAAGAUUGCUCAUGGGGGAGAGACUGAUGAGGCCUCCUGCUUCAUAGCGCCCACCAUCCUCACUGACGUUUCUCCGGAGUCAAAGGUGAUGGAGGAGGAAAUCUUUGGACCAGUCCUCCCCAUUGUUACUGUGAAGAGUGUGGAUGAAGCCAUUGAGUUCAUCAACCGUCGGGAGAAGCCUCUUGCCCUGUACGUCUUCUCCAACAACAAGCAGUUAAUCAAGAGAGUCAUCUCAGAAACCUCCAGUGGAGGGGUUACUGGAAAUGAUGUCAUCAUGCAUUUCUUUCUCUCCACCUUACCUUUCGGUGGUGUUGGUAACAGCGGCAUGGGAGCCUAUCACGGGAAGCACAGCUUUGAGACCUUCUCCCACCGCCGUGCCUGCUUGAUCAAGGAUCUGAAGAUGGAGGGGACAAACAGUCUCCGGUACCCCCCGAGCAGCCAAAAGAAGGUGGAUUGGGCCAAGUUCUUCCUCUUGAAGCGGUUUAACAAGGGCCGAAUUGGACUGGCUUUGUUGGCCCUGCUGGGGAUUGUGGCAGCAGUGGUGCUGAAGAAUCACCACUCUGAGCUGAAGAGAAAAGCCCUCUUGAUUGUGCUGGCUGUGCAGAGGCUGGGCUGGCCCAGAGUGUGGUAAGGAGGAGCAGGUUUCAGAGCACUGCUGUGGCUGUCACAGUGAGAUGGUUUGCCACUGAGGAGCGGAGGAGGCGCCGAGUGCAGGUCACACUCAGUGCUCACUUUGUGCCUGUUGCCUCGAGCUGGGAAGUCACUUUUUUUUUCUUUUGUGCUGGGUUCUUUCAGUGAGCUGCUGAGCACACAGCGUAGCCUUAGGGAGACACUAACCAGGAGAAAGCUCAGACUCCUGUUUACUAAACAGCCAUGCUGAAACAGAGGGACCAGAGGUACGAGCUCCCGAAGGACUGCAGAGCAAGAAAUACCAGCCCCUGCCUCCUCCCCAUGCCGUGCAGACCCCUGCCCCCAGGGCCAUGCACGCAGUCUUGCACCAAAUCCCUCACCUGCCCUCAGUGACAAACAGGAGCUGAAGUUUCAGCUGUCGCUGGGGUUUUUCCCUGCAGUUUUCAGGCUGAUCACAGAUGGUCUUCUGUAUGCUCUGGCCAGCCACCCUUUUGGUGACAAGUCUGAGACAGACUAUGCUGACUGCUGCCAACAGUGGUGGUUAUGAAUAAACCCGGGGAGGUUCCCCUUGCACCUUUAAUUGAGGUGAAAUAUUCAUGGAUCUCUGCAAACCAGAAGCAUCCACAGAUGGGAUUCAGCCCUUUCUGGGGCUCUGGGUUUCAUCCUGCGCCUGUCACAAUUAUUUGGCAGAUAGAAAAUGACCAAGAUGAUGGCUGCACUGCCUGUGCUCUGCUGAUAAGAGUAUCUAAAGCUGAUACCAAAGAGCUUCCAGGCCUGCUCAGAGAAGUGAGGAUCACAAAGUGCCCUGUGUGGGGUAGCCUAGGUGUGCAUCUGAGCCACACACAGCUAUUCAGUGGCUCCCUUGGUGAAACAGGGAAGAGAAUCAGAAGGAUCAAAGUGAGAAACCUUGCAGGCUGAGAUGAAGACAGUUUAAGAGGUGAGCUGGAAGCUGUUUGUGCAAACAGAUGAAGGAAUGCAUUGAUUACUUCUCCUCAGCAGACAGGUGCUCAUCCAUCCCCAGGAGAGCAGGGCUCCAGUACACCUGGUGCUGAUUUGUGCAGACAUGCCAAAAUUCUGUGUCCCCCCAACCUUCCUCUUCUUUGUCCCCUCAGCUUUUAUCACUGAACACAAGGCCACUUGGUCUGAAAUGUCUCUUUGAUCAGCUGGAGUCAGCUCUCCCAGCCCUGUCCCCUCUCCAGUUCUUGCUGCUCCCCACUUACGCACUGGUGGGGUGAGAAAUGGAGACCAUGACACUGUGCCAGCACUGUCUAGCAACAGCUAAACCAUGGGUGUGCUGCCAGCACGGCUCCAGUCCCAAAUCCAAGCCACAGUGCCAUCCUACUGAGUGACUGUGAUGAAAAUUAGCUCCAUCCCAGCAAAACCAGUACAAACCUGCUCCUGGCCAGACUCCUCUGAGGGAAAGCAAUUACUGAAAGACUCUGUACUCCUCUGUGUCCCAGCUUCGGGAGCUGCUGUGAUCUUGCACUGGGAGGUAAUAUGGGGCUUGUUCUAGCUUGGGGAGAGGAUGCUGGAGAAAUUAAAUUUGGAAAGGACCUGAGAAAUAGUAAUGUUUAAAGAAAAUGUAAAGAUUGUUAUUAAAUGCAAUUGCUGACUAUAGAGAAUGACAUGUACUCUGCAAGAGGUGGGAUUUCUUCAUGCUAAGCCUUUUUAAUAAUAUAUUUUGCAAGUACUAAAUAAACACAGAAUUUAAAUAAGAA